UUUCGACCUUAUUCCCUCCCCCGACCAGGAAAAGAAAAAAAAUCCACAAGAGUCCUAGGAGUAAUUUCAGCGAUAGUCCUUGGAGAGCGUUUCAUCUGCCACCAUGACCAAUCGGCCAGAUGAUUUGGUGAGGUGGAUCUGGUAGUUAAUUUGGUCAGCUGGACGAUGCAUUCUAAUUUGGUGAAAUGAGUUGAUUAUGUAUCAUCGCUGGGCAUCGCCGCGCUCCUUGUGCCUAGUCUCUAUGCAUUUCCUUGCUAGAUAUCCACCACAGGGUAAACAGCUCGGUGACCGGAAGAAGACUCAUUUAGGUCAUUCCAUAUUUUUAUUCUUGAAGAGUUAAAAGCACUCCAAGUACUUCCUUUUGACACAACAAAGCCCCUUCUUCCGGCUAGGGAAAAGAAUUAUUCUGUUCUUUCCCUAUAUCUUUCCUCCAUGGAUUCUAUGCUUUUCUUUCCUUCAACCAAGGACCGGGUUAACUUACAAAUUUAAGAACAUUUUUAUACACAUAAAAACCAGAACGAAGAGCAAUAAUCAGCAAACACGGCCCCAAGACCAGUCAUGGAAGGAAUGACGGAAGUUAAUGAUCAAGCAGAAAAUACAAGGUCAAUAAGGGAUCUUCCACCUGCUCACUACGCAUUUAAGAUCGAAAACUUCUCCCUGCUUUCAAAUACGAAGGUAGACAGCGUCGAAUCAGGUGACUUCGAAGUUGACAGUUACAAAUGGAGAUUAUGCCUCCAUCCUAAUGGAAACAAGAAAAGCAAUGGGGAUGGACACAUAUCUCUAUAUUUAGCAUUUUCCAAAUCGAAUGCCCCCCCUCUUGGUUGGGAAGUUAACGUGGACUUCAAGCUGUUUGUUUAUAACCAAAUCCAUGACAAGUACUUGACCAUCCAAAAUGCUAAUGGGAGGGUGAGACGCUUUCAUGGAAUGAAAACAGAAAUGGGUUUUGACCAAUUACUUCCACUGACUCUUUUCAAUGAUGAGUCAAAGGGAUAUCUAAUCGAUGACUGUUGCACAUUUGGAGCUGAGAUUUUUGUUAUAAAACAUACUAGCAAAGGUGAAUGCUUGUCCCUGAUGAAGCAACCUUCCCACAGCUCUUUCACCUGGAGCAUUCAAAAAUUUUCAGCACUAGAUCAAGAAUCUUGCAAGUCCCAAGUGUUUGCUACUGGAGGGCACAAAUGGACACUGCUGGUUUAUCCCAAAGGGAAUUCAACAUUUAAAGGCAAAAGCUUGUCUAUCUUCUUAACCUUGGAGGAUUCUGAAACUCUUCCAUCUGGACGAACAAUGUAUGCAGAAUUCACGCUGCGCGUGAGGGACCAACUUUUCGGAAAACACGUCGAAAAAACUGCUAAUUGCCAUUUUUCUAAUUCAAUCAACGAUUGGGGUCACUUUAACUUCAUGUCUCUCGAUGAGCUCAAUACUCUUGCAAAGGGAUUUCUAGUUAAUAAUACUUUGGUUGUUGAGGCACAAAUUCAUGUGCUUACGGUGGUCAAGGAACUCUCCGGGAGCUGUGCUUUUAUGCAUUCCAAGACCUAAUUUGCUAUAUAUUCUCAGAUACUAUUGCAAGUUAAGAACUCGGUAGCAGAAAUUGGCUCUGCUCUUUGUCUGUGACAUAAUUAAUUGUCUAUUUUCUUUAAGCUAAUGUUGUUCACAGUUUAAUACGUAUUUCUGAACAACUUCUGUAGUCUUAUCACUCAAUUUCGUGACAUGAUGUGAUCAUGCCUCGUUACAAUUAUAUAUAUUGUAUUAUCCAAAAAUAUUACUUUA